AGAGCAGGUCGGGAUGGAGUGGAGACAAAACCAUCGCCGGUGAUCGAAUCUGCGCAGGCCUGGCUCAUCUCGAACAAGCCUAUUGCUGUGGAGCGAUUUACAUCUGUGCAAAAGGUCAUCCGGGAUGCAAAUAGAGGAAACUGUAGUUUCAGGAACUAUUUUGUGUUAAAGAGAAGUUGAAAUUUGGCAUUUACAAGCACUGGUUUAUUUGAGCCGGGACUGUUAAGGACACAAUAAAUAGCACUGGGAAAGCUUGGCCUAGAAGACUCACACCUCAAUGAGCAUGGACUUGACAGCUGAGAGUCACUCCAUUCCUCUGAGUGAUGGAAACAGCAUACCUUUGAUAGGACUGGGAACCUAUGGGGACCCCCGCAAGACCCCAAAAGGAACUGCAUAUGAAUCUGUCAAACUGGCCAUUGAAACCGGAUACAGACACAUAGAUGGGGCUCUGGUCUAUUUCAAUGAACACGAGGUGGGACAAGCCAUACGGGAGAAAAUUGCAGAUGGAAGUGUGAAGCGAGAGGACAUCUUCUACUGUGGGAAGUUGUGGAACACAUUCCAUCCCCCAGAACUGGUUCGACCUGCUUUGGAGAAAACUUUGAAGACGCUGCAGCUGGAUUUUGUUGACCUCUAUAUUGUGGAGAUGCCCACAGCCUUUAAGCCAGGAGAUACAUUUUACCCCAGAGAUGAGAAUGGGAAGUACAUUUAUCAUAAGACAGAUCUCUGUGCGACGUGGGAGGCUUUGGAGGCCUGUAAAGAUGCCGGGCUGAUAAAGUCUCUCGGAGUGUCCAACUUCAACAAGAGACAACUGGAGCUGAUCUUCAACAAGCCUGGGCUGAAACACAAGCCUGUGUCAAACCAGAUUGAAUGCCAUCCAUAUUUCACUCAGCCAAAGUUGCUUGAGUACUGCCGGCAGAAGGAUGUUGUCAUCGUGGGAUACAGCCCUUUGGGGACAUCUAGGGAUGCAUCCUGGGUCAACCUUAAAUGCCCCCCACUGUUGGAAGACGAGCUUCUGGCAUCAAUUGCUAAAAAGUACAACAAGACCACAGCCCAGGUGGCCUUGAGGUUCAACAUCCAGAGGGGAGUGGUGGUCAUCCCAAAGAGCUUUAACCCUGCUCGUAUAAAGGAGAACUUUCAGAUAUUCGACUUCUCUCUCUCUGAGGCCGAGAUGAAGGCAAUUGAAGGACUGAACAAGAAUAUCCGUUUCGUGGAGCUUCUCAUGUGGUCUGAUCACCCAGAGUAUCCAUUUCAUGAUGAAUACUAGACGCCACAGGUGUCAAGACAUUACUUUUAUCACAGCUGCCUUGUUCACUUUGGUUUUACAACAUUACCUUGGAAGAAUUUUGUAGCACUUUUAUAAUACAUUUAAUGAAGUAUUUCUGAUAUAUGCUUUACAUUAUUGAUUAAUGCAAUGUUAAUAAAGCAGAGAGUUUUUUUUAUAUUAUUGUGUUUUAUUACAAGCCUUUGUGAAUGAUUUAAGUACAAAUAAAAACUUUUUUGAUGCAAUUUCAAUGGCUUUUCGUCUGAGGUGGAAGUGGAAGAUGGCUGUUUUAUUGUAUAAAACUGUUCUGUUGGUCAGAGACACAAGCAAUAAUAAAAUCACCCAUUAUUGUUGUAACAAACGGAUAUUCGUGGAAAAAAAGAUAUUUAAUUUGAGCAAUAAACUCAAUUUAUACGA